AUGUUCCAUGGAUUGCCAAGUGAAGACCCCAUUGACCACCUUGAUGAGUUUGAUAGGCUUUGUGAUUUGACAAAGAUCAAUGGUGUCUCUGAAGAUGCCAUCAAGCUGAGACUCUUUCCUAUGUCUCUAGCUGACAAAGCUCACCAAUGGGAGAAGAGCUUGCCCCAUGGCACAAUCACCACUUGGGAUGAAUGCAAGAAGGCCUUUCUUGCUAAGUUUUUCUCCACCGGUCGCACAGCCAAGCUUAGAGGAGAGAUAUCCAGCUUCAUCCAGCGAAACAAUGAGACAUUCGCAGAGGCUUGGGAGAGGUUCAAAGGCUACACAAGUCAGUGCCCACACCAUGGAUUCAACAAUGAAUCACUACUCUCCACUCUUUAUAGAGGAUGCUUGCCUAGGUAUAGGGAGAUGCUAGACACAGCUAGCAAUGGGAACUUCCUCAACCAGGAUGUAGAUGAUGGCUGGCAACUUGUGGAGAACAUAGCAACUCAAAUGGAAGCUAUGGAGAAGAGUAUGAUCGCACCAAUCGGAGCUCGACCCACCACUCGAUCGAGUCAGACGAAAAGUUGA